AUGAUCAUUCUAUUGCAGCUAACACUCGAUCAAUUUUCUUCACGUCUGUCUAAUUCAGAUCCUUUUUUGAACGACAUUAUUGAACGCGCACUGAUCAUUCUCAACCACAAACAAUUUCAGGACAAAAUUCUCAACGAAUUAUGCUCGAAAGUAGUCAAAACUCGUUCAAGUGACUGUGAAAAUCUUCGACAGUUUGUCCAAGAUGGUUGUUCUCGAUUGAAAAUUGAAGUUUGUGUCCAGAUGUUAAAUGUACCCGAUGCUCUGAUGCAAUGUGAAGCAGGCGGUUAUGAUGAAAACAAGUCAUGUACCAUAUUUAUCAAUCAAUCGUGGUACAAACGCAUUUUGCAAAUUGAACCGAAUGAAAAAGAAUAUAGUUUUCAUGUUGUUCUCGGUCUUAUCAAGCUAAUUCGUGAAGUUUGUUAUUGUUGUACUAAUGUUUUUUGUGCAUUCUCUUCCAUAGUCAAUGCUGAGGAAAAUAAAACCAAGAUAACGCCAUUUUCGAUUGGACGUAAGAUUGUGCAAACGUCACCCCAGGCGAAAGUCUCACCAUCGAAAAGAAAAUCAAAACACGGUCGAUCAUUCCGGCGACUGGAUCCGUUGAAAUCUGAGCCGGUUCCGGUACAGCUCUUCUCGAUUCCGGCACAGUUUUCGCCGAUUCCAGCAAGUUCCUUGCCGCCGGAUUCCGGCCGGAGUUGUACAGCAAAUAUCCGAUCAGUUCCUGGCUGUCUCCAGCUCGAAGUUUGCAGGAAAUGGUCGGGAAAUGACUGGAACCUACGUAUCGACAAUUUCGAUAACUUCAAAGUUCCAUUCGAUCAAUUGUUCGACGCAAAUCAAACAACAGAAAGCUCAUCAUCUCAUGCCACUCCAACUCGUGGUAAACGACAAAAACUAAAUCAUGCUCAUUCUGAUUCUUCUCUAUCAUCAUCAAGUUCUGCUAGUGCGAGUUCGAUCCAUAUGGAUAACUUAUGCAACAUUGAUCCAAAUGAUCCAAACGUUUUGUACCCACCAUUUUAUAUUCCACCUCCAGGUUUUGUUCCGCGCUCACCGAAUUCAACAGAAGAUGAAGAUGAUGACGACGAACCAUAUCGUGUUAACGGAAUGCCGCCGGGUUUUCGAGGUUAUUUUCAAUUAUUUUGCUAUAUUUAUCAUUGA